AUGGUACAACACGGUCCCAAGACUACGGUUCACCAGCUCGCACAAGAGUAUGCACCCAUCAUCAAGGGCAAGACUAUCCUUACGACAGGUGCAAGCCGAGGAGGUCUCGGUGCACUAUUCGUGGAAGCUAUUGCAGUUGCAGAACCUGGACUGGCUAUUCUAGCUGGCCGGAGUGUUGGCAGGCUCCAGCAAACUGCAGACAAUCUUGCUGCCAAGUAUCCCAAGCUGAAGACAAAGCUUCUGAGUAUUGAUCUUAAGUCUCUUCGUUCUGUUCGUGCAGCUGCAGAAGAGGUCAACGGAUGGUCAGAUGUUCCUAAGAUCGAUGUCUUGGUCAACAAUGCAGGGAUUAUGGCGACAGACUUCAAGCUGACGGAAGACGGCUUCGAAAAUCAAUUCGCUUCGAACCAUCUGGGUCACUUCUUGUUUACAAAUCUGAUCAUAGAUAAGAUCCUUGCUUCAGCGACGCCUCGAGUGGUCAGUGUUUCCAGCAAUGGCCACCGGCUGGGGCCUAUCCGAUGGGGUGACCCCAAUUUCAGCAAUGGUGAAAGAUACAACAAGUGGAGUGCAUACGGGCAGUCAAAGACAGCAAACAUGUUGUUUGCCAUCUCUCUUGCUGAGAAGCUCGGCAGUCGCGGACUCCGAGCGUUCUCCCUCCAUCCUGGCGCAAUCCUUCAUACUUCUUUGGCUAAACAUCUAGAUAAUUUGGAUAGUCUGGUCGAAGCGGAUCGUGCAAUGGGGGACCCCUGGGGUUGGGUGGAUUGGUCUACUGUCCCAGUUUGCUCCGAGGUCGGUGCUGCAACACACGCGUUUGCUGCUUUCGAUCCCGAUCUCAAGGAACAUAACGGUGCAUAUCUGCUUGAAUGCCGUCUAGCAGACCCUAUGACUGAUACAGUCAGACCGUGGGCGACAAGCUCAACAGAAGCAGAGUUACUUUGGAGGAAAAGUGAAGAGAUGGUUGGCCAAAAGUUCUCUUUUUAG